GGUUUUCCCGCAAAACUGGUCCAGAGAGAGAAAGAGAGAACCAGAAAUCACAAGGCGAUGAAAAACUUUUUAAAUAGCAGUACAGAUAAUAAAUAGCUUAUAAACAAAAUGCUUCAUAGUACACUCACUCUGUGCCAUUUGCUUUAAAUGUCAUACAGAGACAUAUUUUGGGCUAGGUUAAGCUUCUGAGGGCGGGUUUUAGACUGACUUUGGGCUUUGGAAAUUUUUGUUGGACCUGGCAACCCUGCGCGGGAGAGUCUCAGCCGUCCACAGGAGCUGCGGUAGUAUGAAGACCACCGCGUUUAGUUUAAUAAAGGAUUCUGAAAGAGAAAGUUGCAUAGGUUGAACAAUGGAGUUGGCCCACCAUGGUCUUGUUCUUCUGCAGCGGCUGAAUGCUCAGAGGGAGUAUGGUUUCCUAUGUGACUGCACAGUGGCUAUCGGGGAUGUUUAUUUCAAAGCACACAAGGCGGUCCUUGCAGCGUUUUCAGACUAUUUUCGCAUGCUGUUUGUUCACCAGGACAGUGAUUGUGUUCGACUGAAGCCUUCGGAUAUACAACCAGAAAUCUUCAGCUAUCUGCUUAACCUGAUGUACACAGGACAGCUGACCACACAAAUGAUUGAUCCUCAGCACCUGGAGCAGGGAGUGAAAUUCCUGCAUGCAUACCCUCUUUUACAAGAAGCAAGUCUUCUUAUUCACCCAGAGUCACAAUGUGUUCCUUUGGCAAACUCUUUGUAUGGGAUUCAGAUUUCUGAUCAACCAUGCGGCUUGCCCAGUAAAACCACAGCUUGCAAAGGUCACGCCUGCCCUGAAAACAGUAAUGAAAUCUUGUCCCAGAACCUUUCAGAGGUUGCAGAAACAAAAGCCAACACUGUGGAUGUCUACAAUCAGGAGUCUCCCAGUGAGGUCGCUGCAUCCAGCGCCAUCACCAUCCAACAUAUUACAUCUGGUAUAAUGAGAAGAAAUGCCUCCUCUAGGAAACGUUACAUUUGCAAUCACUGCGGGAGUCGCUUCAACCAGAGAUAUCAUUUAAAGGAGCAUCUCCUUCUCCAUGCCAACCAGACCUUUGAACAUCAUAUGCCAUCUGUGGUAGAUAGCUGUGCUAUGAAACUGGAAGGUCAAGAUGGGGAGGAUGAGGUCCUGCGUGUUGACAGUGAUGAUAUCAGUGACAAUGAGCUACAGAUGAGGAGGGACAAUACUCCGCCUCCAUCAGAUAUAGCUGAUAUAGACAACCUGGAAGCCCUGGAGCGUGAGGUAAAGCGACGGAAGUUUGAGUGUCCAACUUGUGGCCGCAAGUUCAUCCAGAAGAGCCAUUGGCGGGAACACAUGUACAUCCACACAGGCAAGCCAUACAAAUGUAGUGGCUGUGGGAAGAAUUUUUGCAGAGCUAGCCAAGCGUCCAGACAUGUGUGCCUGAUUCAGGGUGAAGAGUCAUACACAAUGGUGAAUAAGCAGAGCAUGGUUCUGUGUGGUGGAGAAGACAACAGUCAAGUUGAGGCACUUUUUAUGUCGUCAAGCAGACAAUAUAAAUGCAGCAUAUGUGCAUUGCCUUUUUGCAGCCCUUCUGAGGUCCUCAAACAUCAGUGUCAAACUCAGGUGAUGGUCACACCCGUGCAAGACGACCCGUCAGGUGAACAUACAAGUGGCAGUUCAGUAACUGAUGAACCAGUCCCGAAUACAGUGAGCAUGUCCACCGAGGAAGUGUAGCAGAAAUUAAGCUCUUUUGAGCAAUAGAUAAUGUUGAACUGUUUGUUUAGAUUUUUAUUUUUCUAAAUCUAUUUUUUCAUAUUUUAGGGCCAAGAAAAUGCAAAGAAGGGCACAGCUUUUUAAAACUAUGCCAAUGUGUACGCCAGAUGUUUUGUCAUAUUUGAGAUCAGAGAAUCAGUUGUUCCUGUUGGUUUAUACGGAUACUGCUCCCAAAUAAUUUAUUUAUUUAAGUGAUAUGUAGAAGAAACUAAACAUGUUUAUUAUUUUAAAAGACUGUAUCUGCACUAUCCAUUAAUAAAAUCAGUCCACAGAC